UUGUUGUUGUGAGCAUGGGUUGUGCGCAGCAUGCGCAUUUCCAGCGCGACGAUUGGUGAAAGACCUACGAAACCAGAACGGAAAUCUGCUGCACGCAGGUGAAGCUGCCGAGGUUGGUGUGAGUGUACAAAAAUCUGAUGGCGCUGCGAGCGUGUGGUUUCAUCAUCUUUCGCCGUCUGGCUCAAUCUCCACAAAACAUAGAAUAUCUACUUCUACAGACAUCCUAUGGGGAGCACCAUUGGACCCCGCCCAAAGGCCAUGUGGACCCUGGUGAAGAUGACCUUACCACCGCCCUCAGAGAGACACGUGAAGAAGCAGGACUUGGUGAAGAACACCUGAGCAUUGUGAAGGACUUUCUGAAGGAGCUGCGGUACCAAGUGCGAGGGAAGGACAAGAUGGUGCUCUACUGGCUGGCCGAGCUGCGGGACCCCUCAAUGGCUGUGACUCUGUCUGAGGAGCACCAGGACUAUCGCUGGGCACAGCUGGACGAGGCAUGCAAACUGGCAGGCUACAAGGACCUCCAGGAGACCCUGAGAGAGGCACAGAGCUACCUGGAGCCUGGGGAGAAGAAGAACUGAACAGGAAAGACAGAAAAUGCCGAUUGUACCCACUUAACCAUGAAGACAGAAAAGUUCAAUUGUAGGCCUAACCACCAAAGGCUUGGGUUGAGUGGAAGACGUGUCAGAUAUGGGUCUUAUGGACAGUGUUGUUAACCAUGCCUUGAAGUACAGUAAAACCACAAUACUAUCCACUGAAUAUUUUGUAUUUCCUUGAUAAAUCAUAAGAAUGCAUCGGCACAUCAUGCAAGGCAGACAAGACACUGUGGCUUCAUAAACGGGCCUUUGAGGCUGAUCAGAGCAAGGCUUGUCUUCUCUUUUUAUUGUCUCGGUGCACUGAGCAUUACAUUCAGAAUGCAAGGUCAACAUUCUGAUGGUUUCUGAUCAGAAAGAAUAAAUUCUGUUCGGCUGUUUCGUUAAAAUUAUGGUCAUCAUUCCUUUGUUGGUUCCAAACAUAUAGCAAUGAGUGACAUAUUUGCCAAUUAUAUUCCUGGUUAGAUGUCAUCAAUAUUAAUUAAUACACUGAGGCUUAAAAUAUAAAAAUGGGAUGGAUAGAUUACUUGAAGUAAUCAUAAAACAAUCAUAGACAAGACUUCAAGAAUGCUUUUCUGAUUGCUAUCCCUAGUUUCUGUGUGCACUAUUGUGUCCAUGUUAUUACACUAUAAUCACUACAUUAUUAGUAGUGCCUAGUACUACUACCUUUCGCAUGUUACAGAAGAUGGAGAAUUCCCCAAGGACAAGGUAGCCACUUGUAGAGACAGCUGCGAUUAUCCUGUGUAGACCAGUCUAGUCUUUAACAUGACAAACAUACAUCCUCAGUGUGUGGCCUUAAGAUUUAAUCGCAGAUUUUGGGGUGCAAUCCCAGUACAUACACACGUAAACAGAAAAAAAGAACAUUAUCAGUGAUCUAACAAGCAGUCUGGAUGUGCCAUUGCCUACAGGGCACAUCUUACACACACAACCCAAAAACUCGUGUAACCAUAGGCAUCCCGGGGGAAACUGCAGCGGUCCAAUGCUUAUCUGUAUUUUCGUUUUGGACAAAACCUUUUUUUUUUUUUUGCAGAUGUGAUUUGCAUCCUUUGAAGUGUUUUUUUCUUUUAGUAUUGUCCUUUUUACAUCUCCCACAAGACUAUA